AUGGAUUCUCAAGAAGACAUCUAUAACGAAUUCCGGCGAAUUUCGAAGCAAACAUAUACACAUGAAUCCUCUCAUCUCGAGGACUUGUGGUCAAUCCCGAUCAAGAAUCAUCUCGUUGGUGACAACGAAUAUAAAAUCGAGGUCGAUAAGUGUCACCUGCGGCAUAUGUCGUUUAUUUUUCGAGCUGCCUUUGACGUUGUUCUCACCCUCUUGACCGAUUGGACCUUACCUUUCAAGCAUCCUCUUUAUUGGUUGUACUUGGUUUCCGUGUAUCCCGUGGUAUUAUACAUUUUAUUUGUUGCAGAGGUGGUCUCGUUCAUAGUGGACAAAUUUAAACUUAAGUUUGUCAAGACCUCUGUUCACGAGAGAUGGUCGAAAUAUACCGCUCCCGAGCUUCUUUUCGACGCGGAUUUUUAUCAAAAGGAAGAAAACAGGAGUAUUGUCGAUGAAGGUGUCGGUGCGUUGGAUAAGCCAUACCAAGAAGCCGAAAAAAGUGAUGAACACGUUCAACACUUCAAUCUCGACAUCGCCCAGUUUCUUCUGUUCGUGUCCGACGUCAUAUACUACCGUUCCCCGGAGAAGAUUAUGGAGGCCAAGAAAAAGAUCGACAUGAUAAAGCAUCACCCUGAAAAGCAAGAGGAGUUGUUACGUGAAACUGUUGGCUUGUUAAACGAAAGUGACGAGAUUAUCAAGGCCCAGGCAAAGAAAUGGAAGUUGAAAUUCAUCUCAGUUUCGGAGCUUAACACUUUGGGUGAAUCACAUGCUGGAAUCUUCUAUUCCGAAAGGCAUGAUUUCGUUGUGGUCGCAUUCAAGGGCCCAACCAUUGACAAAUUGGAAUCCUUCGUGCACAGCCUGUUGUUCCAACACGCUGAUGGUCGACCCAUUGUUGGCUUUGAAGCAUACAACGGUUACCGUAGCAUGUUACACCCGGAAACCGAGAAACCGGGUCCAUACGUUACGAUCGUUGAAGCUAUUCAAAAUGCUGUCCGCGUCAUUCGAGAAAACAAGCCGAAAAAGAAUAAAAUCAACAUUUGGUUCACUGGGCAUUCAUUGGGAGGAACUUUGGCCACAACGUUCUACACACGUUGUUUAAAAUCACCAUCCGAUCUGGGCGAACAUUGUGUGAUUCGAGAUGCUUACGUCUUUGGGAAUCCAUGCGUUGGGGACUCCGAGUUGGCCUCAACCUACGUUUCAUCGUUGAACAAGCAAAGUGACGUUGUGAGCACUUUAUGGCGUGUCGUGAGCGACAAAGAUAUCAUGACUAGUUUACCAUUUGGAUUUUAUCAUCCUGGAGGUGUCGGAAAAUAUAAUGUGUUGGAUAACGUUCAUAUUGGUGAAGCAGUCAAGUUCUAUCAAGACGCAAAGAAACGACCGGUGCUCGUCAAAAAUCCACUUAUUCCCAAGAAGAAUCCAGCUCCCACAAUCACGAGCUCUAAACCGAGGGAAGAUCAACGCCUUGAAAUUACAAUUCACUCAUUUGACCACAAAUUACCAUCCUUCAUUAGGGAUCACACGACUUCCAGAUAUUUAAUGGGAAUGUCAAUUGCCAGAAAUCAUUUAGUGGAUUCCGUUAAAGGUUCGACCGAAUCAAAAGGAUAUCGUGGUGAAAUCGCCUUGGCAUAUGAGAGCUAA